UUAAGGAACAAGCCAAUUCUUGCCAACAAGGUAAAUAGUAUUAUCCAAGCAACUGCAGUUAUUCAGGACUAUUUAGGUUAUUUACCAAAAAAACUAAACACAAGUUCAACAAUGAAUUGUUAUAAUUUUAAAUACACAUCCGUUUUAAGAUGACUGUUUUAAAAAAAUGUUGACAGAGCCUAACAUCAUGUAGAGAUGCACACAUACACACACAGCUACAUGACUCACGCCCACCAUUACUCCCUGACAGGUAGGUUGUAUAGAUUAUGGCUCAGUCUCAGUGGCCAGGUGUGAACCUUGAUCUCUGUGAGUUUCAUAGCUACAGGUGGAGUCGUGCCGCUCACUGCUUUUCCAGGAAAUAGAACCUUCAUCUCGUAUGAGCACAGUUGGAGCUAUCACUCACAGAAAACACACCAGCAUGAAUGUUCCCUGGAAAUCCUGCUCCAUCUUCCUUUACCUAUGUUUACUUCAGUGUGCACAUAAAGUGGUGCCACAACAGUUCCUGCUGGAGCCACUAAAUUUAACUACUCUUCAAGGAUUUGAUGCUCAAUUCAAUGCCACUGUUGAAGGACGCUGGAAGAUCAUGACGUGGUUCGUCAAAGACUGCUUUGUCCUCAAUGUCCCUGUUAUUGGAAACAUCACUUCAGCAUCAGAACGGUAUUCUGCACAAUUCUGCACCCCUGGUGAGACCAACUGUGUCCAGUUCAACAUUCAUAAUGUAACCAGGGAGUUCUCUGGGCCUGUUACCUGCACUGUGCUGGGCGAGUAUGGAUCAGAAGUAGCGCAGCUCUCUGUCCAAGAGAGUGGCACGGUCAACAUUGUGAAAGGAAAUGAAAAGGCAACAGAGGACGAGCAGGUGGAGUUCCUGUGUGUUGCAACUGCUUGGUUUCCUGCACCAAGCAUAACCUGGACCCAGAAUGGUCAUCCCGUGGACAGCAGCCUGUUCAACACCAGCAGCAUGGAAGAUGGGAGAUAUUUCAACGCCACCAGCGUCUUCACGUUUAAGGCAGUCAACAAUACAACAGUGGCCUGUCAGGCUACUGUGUUGUCACUGACAAACCCAGUAUCCAGUUCUGUCUUCUUGGUGGUUUUUGCCAAGCCUCCUGACUGGACGGUGCUGAUCGCUGUGGUCCUGUCAUUUAGCCUUUUCGCUCUGUUGGUUCUACUCAUCCUGGGAAUUAUGUUCUGCUACAAACGCAGGAAAGAAAAAAAACCCAACUACCAAAGAGAAAUGAGUCACAGAGUGAGGACACAGAGCCAGAUCAGCAGCGUCAGUGCCACUGUACAAAGACAAGGUACUGUAAAGGCAGGAUCUGCACCAGAUGAUCAAACGAGUGUCACUCCCAGUGAAAACACAGACAGUGGAUUCCAUCAGACAAAAGAACACAUUUAUCAGGUAGGAAAUGCAGUACUGAUGAAAAACAAAGUCAAAACCAUGUUUAUGUUCAUGUGUCUAGAAGACCCUUUUAGAACGGAAUGGAAGAAAAAAUAUACGUUAUCAUACACAAAUGUAUCUAUUAACUUAACUCAUGCAUUCUGGGGCAAUUAGUUGAAAUAAUAAUAAUCAUGAUUAUUUAAGAUAAAUCAACAUUCUUAAUAUGACAACAGUAAAAACAAUCAUCUUCUUCUGGUAUACUGCCCCGUGUGGCUUCUCAUUUAAAUUGUUUGCAGCAGUUUCAGAGUUUGCCGUCUUAUAAAAACAGGUGAAGUAACAAGAUCAGUUAUUUCCCCAGUUUAUUUGGAUUAGCAAAUAACACAUAUAAUGUUUUUGUUUUUAGAUGCCUGAUAUUGUCAACAGUAACCACACAGGAAAUUACUACAAUCUUGCCAACAUCCCUGUGGGUGAACUAGGCAUGAAAAAACACAGACAUGUUACUGUAGUGUAAGGCCUGGGAGAAGACAACACAUAACAAAGAUGUUCAUCAUCACGGAGCCUAAAGAAAGCCCAAGAUCUGACGACUAGAGAAACAGGACAGAAGAACACCUUUGUUGACAUUUCUCCCUACCUGUUGUUAAGUUGUUGUAACAAAGUGUUCGUUGUUGUUCCGUUUACAAUGGAAACAACUUGUUUCUGCAGUUUUGUGAAAGCCACGUUGGACCAAAGCUCAGGAGCACAAUGAACAAACUACCACCAUCUGAACUGUUGGUUGACUCAACGGUACUGUUUUGAAAUAAGUACUUAUCAGUUAAUGUAUAUGAAACCAUGCCAUUAGUCAGAGUUUAUUAUUUAUGUAACACCUACUGUUUUCACUCUCUGUUCUUCCGCAGCUGUCAUUGUCAGGUAUCGCUCAACAUUAUAAUGUCACAAAUCAAAGUCAUGUCAAUAAAAUAUCUCUUUUUUUUUCAUAAUAACCUGUGUUUCUAUUGUCAUAACUGUGUUUGAGUGGCCUGCAAUAAUAAAGAAUGGGUUCAUAAUUAAUACAUUUGCAUGGAAAAAGAACAACAACCAAAAAACGAACUUGUAAAUUGAAUCUCUGAAGUCAGAAAACACUGUCUAAAUGAAUCUUUUUUAUUACCCUUUAUCUGAAGAGCACUUUUGGUUAAAGACCAAAAAAAGAUAAAAAAAAUAAAAGGCACUCCUAUGGUACUUCAAUAGACAGGGUCAAGAGUCAGAAAGUGUCUCUGCAGUGCCACCGUGUGGGAAUAUAUUUUUCUUUUGUUGAGCCGUGUCUACUCUGACCCUGUGGUACUGGUUCGGUGCUGACUCAGCAGAAAGGAAAGUGGAACAGAGGGCUGGGUCAGGAUGCCUGGCCUCGGCCAAGCUCUGGGAUCAGCUAUAAGGCAAAGAGAUGCCAUCGGUCAGUGUUGAUAACUAAUCUGAUGUUUACUCUGCUGUAGAGGAGUUCACUGUUAUCUCUCUGAGCUAAUGAGGGGUUUCAUUUCAUUUAAUUUAAUUUAAUGUGACCUUGUGUUCUUUAUGCAGAUGAUGCACUGCUGUUUCAGCUUAAACAACUGGCAGAGCAUCACGUCUGUUGGCCAUACAGUUCCUUACAGUAGAACAAAACUUUCACUGUUACUCAACAAAGAUAGUUAUAGAGAUUAAUUCUUAACAGAAACCCUUAAAAAACCUUCAUAACACAAAAGUAUAACUUUGUACAAAUAAAGCCUUGAUUUCAUGAACACACUGGUGUCUAUGCAUGUGCAAAAAUAAUAUAAAAUGCUAGUUCUUUAACAACACAUGCAUGGUGAAAAAAAACCUGUUAUGAAAAUGGAGUGGGAGUUAGCGACAUAGAUAGAGGGCGCUAAAGCACACCUGAUAGCAGUGUUUUUCCCAGUAUUUGUGAAUCCACCGUAAACUGUAGGAAUACUGGAUCAAACAUGCUCUGCCUUACACUUCGUUUUGUUUUUUGUCGUGACAGUAAUAGUGUUAGGAUCAGCCUAGGCGUUCUGUUUUUAAAUUAUGGAGCUAUGUGCACUGUAUAUCAGACUAAUGAGUAUUUUAUCAUAAUUGGAUCCUGUUUCUCUCAUCUCACAUACACUCUACACACACAAUGAAUUAAACUCCAUGCUGGUGAUUGAUGAAAGAGUUAAGGAAUACAACCAAUUAUUAAGAAUAGCUGGAGCCAUGGUGAUGAAUAUUAACAAGGUGAUUUAUAUUUAAGGCCUGCUUAUAAUUUUUAAAAACAUUAUACUUUUGAAAAAUCACCGGCCUGCAGGGCUACGACAGUGUGUUGCAUUGCCAUCAGUACUGGACGUUUUCAUAGGAAUCAUGAAAACAGGAUAAUAAUAAGACAAUAACUUUGUUCAGAGGCAUUAAUCAAAGACAUGGAAAUGGCUUUGAUAAA